GUUUCUGCUUGUCAGCUAGCCUCCCUACAACAAUUUGAGCCUUAUGAAACUAUUUAUCAUGAAGAUAAAGGACUGGAGACAUUUGUUUAUUUUGUUAUAAGUGGCACCUGUAUGGUUCUACAAUGCUUAGAAAUUAAGGUCUCUAUGAAGCGACAGUGGAAAAAAUUCGAACUUGUUGAUAUUGUCAAGAGUGAAGAUAUAUUCAGAAAUUUAAGCCUUGCAGAAAUUCGAAGCCAUAUGCGCGUAAAAUCCAUGUUUUCCUUUACCACAAAAUCCAUUGUAGAAGAUGAAUCUCAGUCAGAUGAGGAUACGUAUAUUAGUGUUCAACAACAAAGAAAGAAAAUCAGAACAUUAGAAAAGCAGUGUGCUCUUGGCAAUCCUGAUGAAAAUUUUGAAUUGUCUUCAGAACUCGGGUCGUUGUCCUCUUUAAUAUCUUAUUCAACGCUUAAACCAGAAGGUCAUGAACAUAAUGAAGAUAGCAGAAGUGAGGAAAAUGGUGAAUUUCACAUUUCACCGGGUGAAGAAUCAUCAUGUUCUUAUGACUAUUUUUCGAAGAGCGAAUCUAAUACUUAUAACAUUGGAAAUAGCCUAGGAAAGAAAUUGAUGGAAACAAAAAUUGAGAAUCACUUUAUCGAAGUGGGAACGAUAAGCAAAGGUGGUAUUUUCGGACUUGGUGAGGCAAUGAAACAUCGUAUUAUAAUGGCUGAAACUAAGGUUCAGUGUUUAGUUAUACCGAGAUAUUGGUUAUUUCAAGAUGAACAAAAUCCAGCUAAUAUGUGGCAAAGGAAAAAAAUUCAAUUAGGUUUUACCUUACCAUCCAGAGAAGCUCUUUUCAGUUUGUUCCAAAAUUCACGCAAAUGGCAGAAUUUUAAAAAAGGAAUUGUAUCUUCAUUUAGAAGUCUAGAAACGAAAGUACAAGAUAUUCCAAUAAUGGGCCGUAUUAUGUCGUGCGACCAAUAAAAUUAAACUAUGAUUUUAUACUAAAAAAUUGUUUUAUAUGAAAUGUAAUACUCCGAUUUUAUUCAUCGAUACAUAUGUAUAUCCUGUACAAAUUUGAACACCGUAUAAAAACUGUGAUCAGUUCUGAGUCCAAAUAAAUAA